AUGAAAUUAGCUGCAGCUGUAGAAAAUGAAUUGAGUACAAGUUUCGGAAAAGUCACAGCCGAAUGGGUGGAUUGUCCCGAUUUGACUCAGGAACCUUUCAAUCUUGCAGCACCGGGUUUAGGCGGCGAUACAGCUAUUUUGGAUAUCGGUGGUAUUUCGAAUGUUUAUCCAGAACAUAUUGAAAGCAAGAUAUACCAUUUUGAAAAUAUUUUUAAACAUCUAAAUUGCAAUCAAAAUGAUAUCUUCAUUAUCGGAGGAGGUCUUUCGAGAAGAUUAUCAGAUAAUCAUUUGGGCAAUCUCAUUAUGAAUGCGACAUUUUCUCCAACAGAAAAUAGAAUGGUCAAAAAUAAAACUCUUUUCGCAUUUGUAGAUGAGGCAAGAAACAAUGACGUUAAGUUUACCUUAGAAAUGUUAACUAAUCCUCUUCCCAAAUGCCAUAUGUAUGGUAACUUCUUUGUCAACCAAGGUUUGAGAGAGCAGGUUCUCAAAGUGGAAGCCAAGGAACGCUACGGACGUGACUUCAUAGAUGCUUUGCAACAUGCGUUUAGUCGCAUAUAUCCUGAUAAACAUUAUUUGGAACUUACAGGUUGUGGCGGUGUAUUCAUGGUAAAAAAUGCGAGAGUAGUACAUCACGUUAUGCAAAAUAAUUGGUGUAGCUUGUUUUAUAACAAACUGACAAUUGAGAAAGAAUCUCUUCGAUACUGGUCAGUUAAAACGCCAGUGAUCGCACUUACUACAUUUCUCAACACUGAUAGGCAUACUGUCAUUAGGAAUUCAAAGUUUGAAGACCUUUUUUUAACCCGAUUUCAAGUCCAUUCUUAUUCUAAUAAUUGUGGCGGAUACUAUCAUAAGGCAGAAGACGAUGAGAAAGCGAUAGAAUAUUUGGGAUAUUUUUCUCCAGCAACGAAACUCUAUCGUAUCGAUCCAGUACCUAUGUACACUGAAAUGGCUAACUAUUCGUAUUUAUAAAGUAUUUACACAAAUAUUAUACAGA